CUUCUGAUUGGUCCUUUCGAAACAGGCAAUGAACCGCGGCUAGCCCUAAGACCCAGGAGAAGGCGGCGGCAGCGGCGGCGGUUGGUGUGGGGCGUGCCGGCUUCGCACAGAUUGAACCGAGAUGUCACCCUGCAGGGAGAAGUGACCAUCCCGCGCCAGGGCGGAAAAGCAAUUUCAUUUCAAUAUAGAUGACAACCAUGCAACCUGCAAUUCAAGGUCAUUGUUCAGGACAUCAAUGGAAUCAACGAGAGAACAUGAGCAAAGUGCCUGCUAGAAUGUUUGGUUUGGAGAAGACCUGCCUCUAAGUCCACGGAGUCCUCUGACCCCCAGACACGGGCCAGGUUUGGCUGAUGUCUGUCAGUAUGAUGAGUGGAUAGCUGUGAGGCAUGAAGCCACCCUGCUGCCCAUGCAGGAAGAUCUGUCAAUCUGGCUGUCUGGUUUAUUAGGUAUUGAAGUUAAGGCAGAAAGGUUAUUGGAAGAGCUUGAUAAUGGAGUACUGUUAUGCCAGCUGAUUGAUGUUCUUCAAAACAUGGUGAAAGCUUGCGACUCUGAAGAACUUGGGAAUUUUCCAAUGAGAAAAGUGCCCUGUAAGAAGGAUGCUGCCUCAGGUUCAUUCUUUGCUAGAGACAAUACUGCAAACUUCCUUCACUGGUGCAGGCACAUUGGGGUCGAUGAGACUUACCUCUUUGAAUCUGAAGGUUUAGUUUUGCACAAAGAUCCAAGACAGGUUUAUCUUUGUCUUCUUGAAAUUGGCCGAAUUGUGUCGAGAUAUGGGGUUGAGCCACCAGUAUUAGUAAAACUUGAGAAAGAAAUUGAACUGGAAGAGACCUUACUUAAUACUUCUGGGCCUGAAGAUUCCAUUAACAUUCCGAAAUCAUGCUGUCAGCAUGAAGAGCUGCAUGAGGCUGUUAAACAUAUUGCUGAAGACCCUCCUUGUAGUUGUUCCCAUCGAUUCUCUAUUGAGUACUUAUCUGAAGGACGGUACCGACUUGGGGAUAAAAUACUGUUUAUAAGAAUGCUUCAUGGAAAACAUGUCAUGGUCCGUGUUGGUGGAGGCUGGGAUACUCUUCAAGGAUUUUUGCUUAAAUAUGAUCCCUGCCGAAUAUUACAAUUUGCUACACUAGAACAAAAAAUUCUAGCCUUUCAAAAAGGAGUUUCCAACGAAAGUGUACCUGAUUCAUCCACCAGAACACCUCAGCCUCCUGAAAUGAAUCCUUUGUCAGCCGUUAGCAUGUUUCAGAAACAAAAAUCAAAACCUGGCACACCAGUUGGUAUUCCAAGAAGCAAAGAAAAGCAGAUACGUCCACCGGGUGGGUUGCUGUCAGCAUCUUCCCUGAAAGGAGGGAAUCUGGGCUCCGUGUCAGUCCGUUCCAAAUUGCCGAAUUCUCCAGCAGCGUCUUCUCAUCUUAAGCUCAAAUCUUCAAAAGGCAUAGCCAAGAAGCCACAGGCUCCUUCAAACAAUGCGGUAGGUAAAAGCACUUCUUCACCCGCUUCAUCAAGAACCCCACCUUGUGAAUCUCAGUCAUUGAGAAAACGUAUCUCAUCACCCAAUACUGCUAAGGCCAAGCUUGUUACAGCCCAGAGGCCCAGAGAUGCGCCUGAGUCUGCACUUUUGCCAAAGAAGGCUUCUGGGAAAACUGAACCAAAGCAUUUGAAACACACUCCUGUACCUUCCAGGGAUAACGCAGAGUCUCGCUCAGUGGCACAUUCAGAUUCAUCACCAAAGCCGCCUAAAGCAAAUAUACACGUAAGGUCUAAACCUUCCCCCUCUCUCCAUUCUCCUGCAAAAAUAACAAAAUCCAGUGCCAAAACUAUACCCACAAGUCUAGGAACGUGGUCUCAGCCCUCUGAUGGAGCCCUACAAGCCAGGGCAAGGCCAGCACAGAAGCUUAAGUCAGCCUUAAAUGUAAACCAGCCGCUCUCCAUAUCCUCAGUUGUACCCACAAAAGCUGCACAGGAAUCAAAAGAUAAGAAUAUGGUUUCAGUUGCCAAAAAGCAGCCUCAGAAUAAAAGUACAUCCCAGAAGAUAGGACCCAGCUCCUCGAAGUCCCCUGGCCGUACCCCACUGUCCCUCAUGAGUCUUCCCCAGUCCUCUGUCAAGACACAACCCGCACCAAAGCCAGCACAGACUGCCACUAAGAGCCAGUAUUCAGCGAAAGGGCCUCCAAGAAGUGGCAAAGCCCCGGCUUCCACCAGGAAACCACCCUCAUCUGGUAAGGAAGCGGUGAGUGUAGAUAAAAAACCUACUGCAAAGAAAAAGGAAGACGAUGACCAUUAUUUUGUUAUGACUGGAAGUAAGAAACCUAGAAAAUAAAUAUAGAUGUGUCAUUUUAAGAAAACAGGAAAGGAAGAGAAUGAAUGUGUUAGCAUCAUGUCUUAAAAGUUUCUCCAGUUUGUGUUUGUCCAAAUAGGUUCAGACAUUAGGCACAGUAGGGUGGGGGUUGGAAGUUGGGGAUGGGAGUAGAGGGUGCAUCAGAAUUCACAUUUCUGAGUUCGCCGGAAGGUACCCUAUUGAGGCAGACAGUUGUAAAAUCGCCAUAAGGUUGUUAUUAAUGAUGCACAUUGAUAUGAUUUUCAGUACAUAGCAUCUUUGUUAAUGUCUGCCCUCUAAGGGAAAUGUAGAGUUAAAUAACACUACUAGAAUUAUAAUUAUAGUUGCUGUAUUUCAGAAUAUGUAUUAAAUAUGGAGGUUAUAUACCGGCUAAUAGCAAUGGUAUUAGUUAGGUAAUAUUAGUUAUUGCAUUUUAGUAAAAUAGCAACGGUUUGGCACUUGUCUUACAAAAGGCACCUAAUUUAAUUCUUGAUCAGGAUUACCUGAUUGAACAAUACUAAGUACCCAUGCUGCUGCUAAUUAGCUUGAUGUUACUCUAGGGUUGGUAGAAUCCUGUUACUUAAAAUUUUUUAAGCUUUCCAAAUCAGAAGGAACUGAUUUUUGACUGGCUUAUAUUAACAUUGGUAAU